CCACCGCGGUCUCGUGCCAAUGCAAAUCUCGGUCUUUCCGUCGAUCCUUCAGGCAAUCCCUUGCAAUCUGUUCCCAAGCUAUUGGUCGAUCUCUUCCUGCGCCCAGACAUUGAACCCGAUUUUUUCUCCGCCGGUCUGGUCAUCUCCGGCGACAUCGCACCAAGUGUCUCACCCAACGAUAUAUAUCCCAGAUGCCAAUAACAGCUUGUAGCGUCCCUCCUCGCAUUGUCCGGCGAAGAUGUCGUCCACCGCUUCGCUCUCUGAUCCCGAAAAGCAAGGCACACCGUCUGCCAACGAGGUGCACGCGCUCUCCAACGACGCUAAUGGGCAUGUGAAGGCACGAAAGGUGACCCUGUCCGACGUCGAUGUCGCCGCAGCGGUGACGGCUGGGAAGGAUUUGAGUGCUGUCGACGAGAAGGAGGCGAAGCGGGUGCGGCGGAAGAUUGAUAUGCACAUCCUGCCGUUAAUGUGCCUGAUCUUCGCCCUGCAGUACGCCGACAAGAAUGCUUUGGGACAGAGUGCAGUGCUUGGUCUCCUUCAGGACGCGCACCUGACGCAAAACGAAUACAAUCAGCUGGGCACGAUCUUCUACGUCUUCUACUUGGCCGCAGAAUUCCCUCAGAACUAUUUGCUGCAGCGAUUCCCAGUCGCGAAGGUCCUCUCGAUCAAUAUAUUCCUCUGGGCCGUCCUGUUGCUCUGUCAUUCCGCCGCAAAGAGCUUCGCUGCGCUCGCUACAGUUAGGACGUUCCUUGCCCUGACGGAAAGUGCGAUCAUGCCUGGAUUCAUGAUCGUGACUGGCAUGUUUUAUACUCGCGAGGAGAGUGUCCGGAGGGUCGGAAGCUGGUUCCUCAUGGACGGCAUAGCUAUCAUCGCACUAGGCUUUAUCGCUUUUGGCUGUCUGCACAUCAAGACAGAGAGUUUCGAGCCCUGGCAAUGGCUAAACGUCAUUUUCGGUCUCACCACGCUUGUCGCUUCUAUCUUGUUCUGGUUCUUCUUCCCAGACAGCCCCACAACGGCAUGGUUCCUUACUCCGGAAGAACGUGUCACGGCAGUCGCACGCAUCCGCGUUAACCAGACUGGCGUUGAGAACAAGAGGUUCAAGAAGUCGCAGUUGAUUGAGUGCCUCAAGGACCGAAAGACGUGGAUGUGGUUCUUCUACGCAGCAUUCUCACAAGUAUCGAAUUCACUUUCGAAUCAGCGCGGGCUCAUCGUUGCUGAGUUUGGAUUCACCGAUUUCCAGACGACGCUCCUAGGUUGCGUCGACGGCGUCGUCCUGAUCCUUGCUGUUGUCUUCUCAACAAUUUUAGCCUCGCGCCUACCAAACGCGCGAGCCUACGUCGGUUUCGGCGGCUACUGCGUCGCCCUACUCGGCGCGAUCCUCGUCAAUACUCUACCCUCGCGUCUCAAGGUCGGACUCCUGUGCAGCUACUGGCUAGGCGCCGGCGGCUCCUUUGCGCCGUUCGUGGUCGCGCUCUCGUGGGUCGGCUCGGUGACCGCCGGGCACACCAAGCGUGUGUCGACGAACGCGAUCAUGAUCAUCGGCUACGCGCUCGGGAACAGUGUCGGGCCGCAGCCGUGGAAGACACAGUACCAGCCCCGCAACCACGUCCCGUGGACGGUCAUCUCGGUCUGCUGGGCCAUGUCCGGCCUCACCAUGCUCCUUAUCCGGUGGUACCUUGUGCGUGAGAAUGCGAGGCGCGACCGCGAGCAGGCCGCCGCCGCAUCUGCUCUGCGCGAGCAGCAGGGCGGAAAAGAGAAGCACGAGGCGGAUGAGGAAGAGGAUGGGGAAGAGGUGUACCUCGAGGAUGCGAAGGGCGAGGAAAUCGGGAAAGUCGACAAGGCGUUCCUCGACCUCACUGAUAUUGAGAACCGGGAUUUCCGGUAUGUGCUAUGAGAUCGCGCUUAUGCUUAAUGUCGUAUGCAGAUAGCUGUCGUUGGCUUUGUCUUAAAGUCGUCGCGCCUUGCUCACGUUUUUUGUUCGCGUACAGUGUACACUUCGCUUUCGAAUUCAACUCUCAUCUGUCGGCACUGAAGGGACUUCUGGUUGGUUUUUGGCGGCACCAAGUACUGAAGCACUGGUGGUCCACGAGUUGUCCCCGACAGGCUGACUGGUUUACAACGCGGCGUUUGUGAAGGCCGAACAGCUUCACGAGAUUGCAGAGGUGAAGCUUGGUCCUUAUUUUGAUAUGAACGUCAGGACGCUGCGGAAGUACCUCCCGAAAGUCUAGCAGGCGACAGAAUAAUCUUCAUCGCAUCCUCAACUGCAAAGUUUUCCGGCAUCACGCCCCAAUAACUCAUUUACUCGGCCUCUAAGGGCGCCACGGAGCAGCUCGUGCGUGUGCUAGCGAAAGACCGCGGCGAGAAGGGCAUCUCCGUGAACGCUGUUUCUCUGGAUACCACAGAUACCGACCUCUUCCGCAACGACGGCAGGGACGAACAGUACGUCGAAUGCGUUCGAAAUCUGUACCUCAUAAACAGAUCCCAGUGGCCGGGGAUAUCGUGCCGUUGGUUGCGGUUUUGGCGAGAGACGAGGCCGAGUGGGUGAACAAACAGUGUAUCAUGCCCAACGGGGGGAUGGCAACAGAAGGAGCUGGGAACACCAUGUUUGGUGAACACCCCUCGAUCAAUUAUUCAUGCAUCUGAGUAGCACGUCAGUAGACUCGGAGUAAAGGAUGUUCUCUGGGUCGCAGACGGAGGAAAACGUAUUCUUAAAUUUAUAUGCGGCAGAAUGACUUUUUAAG